AAGAAGAGGAAGAAGCUGGAGCGGCUGAGGGAAAACCAUGACGGAGGAGCCGAAGAACAAGGAAGACCGCAAAUACUGGCUUGUAAUUAAAGUCACAAGUUGUCAUGCGUACUUAGCAUGAUAGAAGGGAAGUGCCCAGAUAACAGUGUUGCCCUAUUGCUGCCUGUGUCCCAACACUCUCCGCUGCUCCUCUGCCCUCUCACUCCUGUUGUUUGCGCAUUAAAGUGUAACUAAACAGUUACGCGGUCAGCUUUGGUGGCGCGACUUUGUUCAAAUGGAUUUAUGCGAGUCGAUAAUGAAUCCGUAUGGAAAUCUUUCUUAGAAUUAGAGUUCACAUGAGUCGACAGGAGGACAUCACCAGCGGCUCUAAGUUUAUAAUGUAUUUGUAGGGCGAGUAAGAAGUAAAAAAACCAGCAUGGCAGACAGGAGGACUUUCAACGUUGUGAUUUUGGGAGUGGGGUUUUUGUUUAUUUUCACUGCAUUCACCACCUUAGGGAAUGUUGAACAAACUGUGGUGAAAAGCCUGCGCAAUGAAACUUUCACUGGGAGUGGGUACCACAGUCUUGGAAUCAUUUAUGGGGUGUUUUCGUUCUCCAAUUUACUUGCACCGACAGUCGUUGCAGUAAUUGGACCAAAGAUUACUAUGUUUUUGAGUGGCAUACUCUACAGUGGGUACAUUGCAGUGUUCAUCAACCCUUCAACAUGGUCCUUUUACUUCACCUCUGUGCUGAUCGGCAUAGGAGCAGCAAUGCUCUGGACCGCGCAAGGACACUUUCUGGUGGAGAACUCAGAGGCUUCCACCAUCAACAGGAACACAGGGGUGUUCUGGGGUCUCCUGCAGUGCAGCAUGUUGUUUGGCAAUCUUUACAUUUAUCUUGACUGGAACGGAAGAACGGAGAUACCAGACAGCAGCAGGAAAAACAUUUUUCUGUCCCUGCUGGUCGUCUCCAUACUCGGCACACUCAGCUUCCUGGUGUUGAGAAAGGGCCAUCAUGAAGAAGAGAUGCUCUCUGAAGAGGAAGGCCAGUCGUUGCUCUCAGCUCCCAUGAUGUAUAAGCACAGAGCAAACACUGCCAUGCAGGAUGCCAAGUUGGAGUUCAAAACCAUCCUGCAACUUGUGAAGACUAAAACUAUACUGCUCCUGAGUCCCUGCAUGGCGUACAGCGGCCUGGAGCUAUCUUUCUACAGCGGAGUGUAUGGGACGUGUAUCGGAGCAACCGCACAGUUUGGAGAAGCAGCUAAAGGCUUGAUUGGGAUCUCUGGGAUUGUGGUAGGCAUUGGAGAAAUCGUAGGUGGAGGUUUGUUUGGAUUGUUGUUCAAGAACAAUCGCUUCAGACGAACUUCUGUGGUGUUUCUGGGGAUGGUUGUCCAUUUCGUCGCUAUCUAUUUGAUCUUCCUCAGUAUCCCAGACGACGCCCCUGUCGUUUUUAAUACCACCACCCAAAGUAAACCAUAUCUAACUCCAAGUGUAUCCAUUGCCCUGCUGUGCAGCUUCUUGCUCGGACUCGGGGACAGUUGUUUCAACACACAGCUCUACAGCAUAUUAGGCUGUGUUUAUGCUGAACAAAGCACGCCUGCGUUUGCCAUCUUCAAAUUCAUCCAGUCUGUUUUUGCAGCAGUAGCGUUCUUCUACAGCGGUUACCUCCUGCUGAAGUGGCAGCUCCUGCUGAUGGUCAUCCUGGGCUUCACUGGAACGCUCUGCUUCUUCGUGGUGGAGAGGAUGCAGAACUCCUCUGUGGAUGCACAGGAUUAUUAGAAAGAAGAUGUUUCUGUAUCAGCGUUGAUCAUCUUAUGGGACAAUCCUGUGUAUUUUAUUUCAUGAGGGGUUAUUUUGAAAUCUAUUUUUUUAAUAAUGCACUGAAAGUCAUAUGCAUUUCGAUAUCACACUCAAAUAAUUUGAAUUGUUGCCACAAGUUGCCUUAAGAAAACAUCUGAAUGGAGUAACAUGGUUAUCAAUCAGCCUGGAUUGUACCUUGCACUUUUUGUUGCAAUAACCUGACACUGCGCAGUAUCAUAGUUAAUCAUUAACAUAAUUUCUACUGCACGCUGCACUGUUAGUCUUACUGUAGGACAUUAAAAAUAACCACUCACCUUAUCUCCCACUUGUUUGCAUUGCUUCCAGCUCAGGUUUGUCAUUAAAGGCAGCGUCAUGUCGUCCGAAAAAUAUUUCAUGUAUCUACAACUGUUACUUUUAAUGCUGUUGAUAGUUUGUCAGAGUGAUUGACAGCUUGAUAAAAAUAGAUGAGAGAAAAUAAUUCAAUAGUGUUCCUGUCAUGUAUCAGAAAGUUAACUAAUAAAUGCCUGACAAUCAUUGUUCUUAACUUUGUAUAUUUUGCAUGUUGUCUGUGUUUUUUCACCAAUUUGGAGAUUUUUGAUGAAUAAAGUUUUAUGCUUUUUGGAUAUUUAGUCA